AUGACGCAUGCAAACAAGAGAUACUUCACGGAAAGCAGAGAAAACGUGCUGUACUACUUCGACGUUCAGUCCGACAACCGUGACAGGUAUUCCUCCAAUGUUCGAGAACUGGCCAAGAAACACAUCAACGAGCUCGAGUUUGUCACCGUCGACCCAGUGUCGUUUCCCGAAGUUCCGACGAACUUGGUCUUGAAGUGGAACUUUCCCGCAAUUGUUCUUCAAGACAAAAAGAGAGGUUUCGUAUUUUCCUCCGAGAGGAAGGAAAACAUCAAACCCGAGCUGGUAGACAACUUCCUUCAAUCGGUGACUGAUGGCAGUGUCAGGCCUGCGUUCCAGGAUCCUGCGGAACCGGCUGUGAAGGAUGAGGGAAUCAACGUGGACACAGGUACUGAAGAGAAAGUAGCGCACGAUGAGCUUUAG